CUGCCGGGCCUUAGCCGCGGCUGCGGUCGCUUUUCUCCCCUCUGGAGCACUUCGGGAAUCCGCGGCACCCGAGCGCUCAAGAGGAAGCCCAAGUGACAAAACGAUGGUCAGAGACACCCUGGGGAGCAAGCAGCCUUUGGCUGCAGCAUAAGGACUGGAGGCCUCCUCUCUGGUGCCCCCAUGGAGACAGGCAGCCCCAGGUUGAGCAGCAUGAAGCCACAGUCACUACAGCUGGUGCUGGAAGAGCAAGUGCUGGCCCUGCAGCAGCAGAUGGCGGAGAAUCAGGCAGCCUCCUGGCGGCAGCUGAAGAGCUCUCAGGAGGCCCAGCAGAGGCAAGCCACCCUCGUGAGGAAGCUGCAGGCCAAGGUGUUGCAGUACCGGAGCUGGUGCCAGGAACUGGAGAAGCAGCUGGAAGCCACUGGAGGACCAGUCCCUCAGAGAUGGGAAAGUGUGGAGGAGCCAAGCCUGGAACAGCUUCUAAUCCGGCUGGAGGAGGAGCAACAGAGGUGUGAGAAUCUAGCUGAGGUGAACACUCAGCUUCGACUGCACAUGGAAAAAGCUGACAUGGUCAACAAAGCCCUUCGGGAAGACGUGGAAAAGCUGACAGUGGACUGGGGCCGGGCCCGAGAGGAGCUCAUGAGGAAGGAGAGCCAGUGGCAGAUGGAACAGGAGUUCUUCAAGGGCUACCUGAAAGGGGAGCACGGUCGCCUGCUUGGGCUAUGGCGGGCAGUGGUGACCUUCCGACGCCACUUCCUGGAGAUGAAGUCAGCUACUGACAGAGAUCUGAUGGAGCUUAAGGCUGAGCAUGUGAGGCUUUCGGGGUCCCUGCUGACCUGUUGUCUGCGCCUGACUGUUGGAGCACAGUCUGUGGAAACCAGUGGAUCUGGGAGAGCAGAGAGGAGUGAGCCAGCCCAGCUGCUGCUGCUCACCAAAACCCAGGAGCUGGAAAAGGAAAUCCAUCGGAGGAGCCAGGAGCUAACCCAGCUGAAGAGCCAGGCGGAUCUGGAGAAAGCCGAGCUGCAGGAUCGGGUGACUGAGCUGUCUGCUCUGCUGACACAGUCUCAGAAGGAGAAUGAAGACUAUGAGAAGAUGGUCAAGGCUCUGAGAGAGACCGUGGAGAUCCUGGAAACAAACCAUGCACAAUUAGUGGAACACGAGGCAUCUCUUAGUAGGAAUGCCCAAGAAGAGAAGUUGUCCUUACAGCAGGUGAUCAAGGAUAUAACCCAGGUACUGGCCGUGGUAGAAGAAGGGGACGGUGUGGCUCAAGGUUCUGGUCAUGAGAGUUCCUUGGCAUUGGACUCUACUGCCUUCUCCCAGUUUGACUCACAGGAUCCAGACAAGGCUCUCACAUUUGUGCGGUCAGUGCUGACUCAAAGACGCCAGGCUGUGCAGGACCUACGACAGCAGCUGUCUGGCUGUCAGGACGCCAUGAGUGUCUUGCAGCACCAGCAUGAUCAGUGGGAGGAGGAGGGGAGAGCCCUGAGACAGCGGCUGCAGAAGCUCACAGGGGAGCGGGACGGUCUGGAAGGACAGACUGUAGGCCUCCAGGAAGAGGUGGACUCUCUCAGCAAGGAGAGAGAGCUUCUGCAGACGGCCCGGGAAGAGCUGCAGCAGCAGCUGGAGGUGCUGGAGCAGGAGGCAUGGCGCCUGCGCAGGGUCAACACGGAACUCCAGCUGCAAGGGGACUCGGCCCAGGGCGAGCGGGAGGAGCAGCAGGAGGCGCUCCACCUGGCCACCAGGGAGAGGGAGCGCCUCCAGGAGAUGCUGGCUGUCCUGGAAGCCAAACAGUCACAGUCGCUCAGUGAAGUGAUCACGCUUCGGGAAGCCCUGGAGUCGAGCCGUCUAGAGGGGGAGUUACUGAGGCAAGAGCAAGCGGAAGUGACCGCAGCGUUGUCCAGGGCAGAACAGUCCAUUGCAGAGCUGUCAAGUUCCGAGAACAGCCUGAAGGCAGAGGCAGCGGACCUUCGGGCUACAGCUGUCAAACUGAGCACCUUAAAUGAGGCUUUGGCCUUAGACAAAGUUGGGCUGAACCAGCAGCUUCUCCAGUUAGAGCAGGAGAAGCAGUCUGUGUGCAGCAGAAUGGAGGCGGCAGAGCAGGCACGGAGCAACUUGCAGGCAGACCUGGUGGAGGCCGAGCAGAGCAGGGAAGCCCUGUGGGAAGAAAAAACUCAUCUGGAGGCUCAGCUGCAGAAGGCAGAGGAGGCCGGGGCUGAGCUGCAAGCAAACCUCAGGAGUGUCCAAGAAGAGAGGGGAGAAAUGCAAGAGAAGCUAAAUGAGGUACAGCACCAGCAGGAGGCAGCUGCGGCUCAGUUGGAGCUGCUGCAGCAGGAUGCAAAGCGACAGGAAGAAGUGCUUGCCAGGAUGGUGCAGGAGAAGGAGGCCCUCGUACGAGAAAGAGCGUCUCUAGAGGUGCGGCUGCAGGCUGUGGAGCGGGAUCGCCAGGACCUCACUGAGCAACUGCUGGGCCUCAGCUCUGCCAAGGAGCAACUAGAGAGCACUUUGUUUGAGGCCCAGCAGCAAAAUUCUAUGAUGGAAGUGACCAAGGGGCAGCUGGAAGUCCAGAUUGAGGCUAUCACUCAAGCCAAGGAAGUAAUCCAAGGAGAAGUGAGGUGUCUGAAGGUGGAACUGGACACUGCACGGAACCGGGCAGAGCAGGAGCAGCAUGCAGCAGCCAGAAGGCUGGUCCAGGUUGAGCAAGAAGGGCAGGCUGCCCUGGAACAGCAGAAGGUGGCCCACGAGGAAGAAGUGAGCCGGCUUCAGGAGAGCUGGGAGAAGGAGCGCUCCCGGCACCAGCAGGAGCUGGCCAAGGCCCUGGAGAGCCUUGAGAGGGAAAAGCAGGAGCUGGACACAAGAAUGCAGGAGCUGCAGGCAGAAACUGACGCCAUCCGGGCACAGAGGGAGGAGGAGCGGACCCAGGCCGAGAGUGCCCUGUGCCAGAUGCAACUGGAAACGGAGAAGGAGAGAGUGUCCCUCCUGGAGACUCUGCUGCGGACCCAGAAGGAACUGGCGGAUGCCAGUCAGCAACUGGAACGGCUGAGACAGGACAUGAAAGCCCAGAAGUUAAGGGAGCAGGAGACCACUGAGCUGCUGCAGACCCAGUUGCGGGAGACUCAGCAGGAGCUGAAGGAGGCUGCCCGGCAGCACAGGGAAGACCUCGCUGCUCUCCGCCAAGAGGGCAGUGCUCUGCUGCAGGAUAAGACAGACCUGCAGCAGCAGGUGGAGGACUUGAAGUCUCAGCUGCUUACCCAAGAUGACUCCCAGAGAAUGUUGAAACAGGCAAUUCAGGAGAAGCUGAGAGAGGCCCAGGAGUAUAACCAGAUUCAAGAGGAGCUAGAGAGAGAGAAGGCCAGCCUGACUCUGUCGCUGGCGGAAAAGGAACAGAGACUCCUCGUCUUGGAAGAGGCUGACUCUGCUCAGCAAGAAGAGCUGAGCUCCCUGCGUGAGGACGUACAGGAGGCUCAGGAAGGACAGAGGGAGCUCAGUGCCCAGGUGGAACUACUGAGGCAGGAGGUGAAGGAGAAGGAGGCCGACUUUCUGACCCAGGAAGCACAGCUGCUGGAGGAGCUGGAGGCCUCUCGGGUCACAGAGAAGCAACUGCGAGCUUCCCUUUGGGCCCAGGAAACCAAGGCAGCCCAGCUCCAACUGCAGCUGCGCAGCACGGAGAGCCGGCUAGAGGCCCUGGCCGCUGAGCAGCAGCCUGGGAGCCAUGCACAGGCCCAGUUGGCCAGCCUCUACUCGGUGCUGCAGCAGGCGCUGGGGUCUCUCUGUGAGAGCAGGCCUGAGAUAGGGGCCGGGGGAGACUCUGCUCCCUCCCUCUGGGCCCCUGAACCAGACCAGAAUGGCACUUGGAGCCUGUUUAAGAGAGGGCCUCUCCUGACCGCCUUCUCAGCCGAGGCGGUAGCCUCCGCCCUGCGCAAGCUCCACCAGGACCUAUGGAAGACUCAGCAGGCCCGGGAUGAUCUGAAGGAUCAGGCCCAGAAGCUGGAACAGUGUCUCACCGAGGCUGAGGCUGCAAAGAGCCAGCUCCAGGCAGAACUGCAGGGCCUACAGCAUCAGCUCUCCCAGAACCAGGAAGAAAAAUCCAAGUGGGAAAGAAAACAGAGUGCCUUGAAAUCCGAGCUGAAGGAACUGGAGGAGACUGUGGCCUCCCUUCAGGGCCGCCUAAGGCAAGCAGAACUACAGAAAAUGGAAGCCCAGAGUGAGCGAGAGUUACUGCAGACAGCCAAGGAGAACCUGGCGACCCAGGUGGAACAUCUGCAGUCCUCGGUCGCAGAAGCCAGGGCUCGGGCAAGCACGGCCAGCGUCCUGGAAGAAGACCUGAAGAUGGCCCGCUCGGCACUGAAACUAAAACAUGAAGAGGUGGAGAGUGAGCGGGAGAGAGCCCAGGCCCUGCAAGAGCAGGGUGAACUGAAGGCGGCCCAAGGGAAGGCUUUGCAGGAGAACUUGGCCCUGCUGACCCAGACUCUGUCUGAAAAAGAAAGGGAGAUAGAGACUUUGCAGGGAGAGAUCCUGCAACUAGAGAAGCAACGGGAAAUGCAGAAGGCUGCCUUAGAGCUGCUGUCCCUGGACCUGAAGAAGAGGAACCAGGAGGUGGACCUACAACAGGAACAGAUUCAGGAGCUGGAGAAGUGCCGCUCCGUAUUAGAGCACCUGCCUAUGGCCGUCCAGGAACGAGAGCAGAAGCUAACUGUGCAGAGGGAGCAGAUCAGGGAACUCGAGAAGGACCAGGAGACCCAGAAGGACCUUUUGGAGCACCAGCUCCUGGAACUGGAGAAGAAGGCCCAGGUGAUCGAGUCCCAGAGGGGACAGAUUCAGGACCUCGAAAAGCAGCUGGUGACUCUCGAAUGCCUGGCCUUGGAACUCGAGGAAAGCCAGCACAAAGUGGAGUGCCAGCAGAAGGUGAUCGGGGAGCUGGAGGGCCAGCGGGAGAUGCAACGGGUGGCUCUGACCCACCUCACAUUGGACCUGGAAGAAAAAAGCCAGGAGUUGCAGAUGCAAAGCAGCCAGAUCCAGGAGCUGGAGAGCCACAACACCCUCCUGGCAAGAGAGCUACAGGAGAGGGACCAGGAAGUGAGGUCCCAGCAUGAGCAGAUCCGCGAGCUGGAGAGGCAGCAGCAGGAGCUGGCCCAGGACCUCGCGAGGCGGGACCAGGAGCUGGCGCUGCAGAAGGAGAGGAUUCAGGUGCUGGAAGAUCAGAGGACGCUACAGACCAAGAUCCUGGAGGAGGACCUGGAGCAAAUCAAGCAGUCCUUGAGGGAGCGAGGCCGGGAGCUGGCCUCUCAUAGACAGCCGACACAGGAGCAGGCUGAGGAGGGGAAGGGCCCAGGGAAAGCACAGCGGGGGAGCCUGGAGCACAUGAAGCUCAUCCUGCGGGAGAAGGAGAAGGAAGUUGAGAGCCAGCAGGAGCAGAUCCACGGGCUGCAGGAGCACAGGGGCCAGCUGGAGCAGCAGCUGCAGGGCCUGCACAGGAAAGUGGCCGAGAGCAGCCUGCUGCUGACCCAGCGGGAGCAGGAGAUAGUGGUCCUACAGCGGCACCUACAGGAAUCCAGGGAGCAAGGGGAGCUGAAGCAGCAGUUGUUCCAGGGUCAGCUCGAAGAGGCCCAGAGAGCCCUAGCCCAGAGGAACCAGGAACUCGAGGCCCUGCAGCGCCAGCAACGGCAGGCUCAAUGCCAGGAGGAGAGUGUGAAGGAAAGGGCCAGCACCCUUGAGGGGGCUCUGGAGCAGGCCCAGGGGGCCCUGAAGGAGUGCCAGGGGGAGUUGGAGGACCACAAGGAGCAGGUGCGAAGGCUGAAGGAGGAGCUGGCAGCAGAGGGACGCCAGGUCCAGGCCCUGGAGGAGGUGCUGGGAGACCUGAGGGCAGAGUCUCGUGAGCAGGAGAAGGCCCUGCUGGCCCUCCAGCAGCAGUGUGCAGAGCACACCCAGGAACGCGACAUAGAGGCCAAGGACCUACAGGACAGGUGGCAAAAGGCAGAGGCCAUGCUUAAGGAACGGGACCAGGAGCUCGAAGCUCUACGGGCAGAAAACCACUUCUCCCAGCGGCAGGAGGAGGCUGCCUGGGGCCAGGCCACGGCACUGCAGGAGGCCCUCAGCAAGGCCCAGGCUGUUCUGCAGGAGAAAGAGCAGCACCUCCUGGAGCAGACAGAAUUGAGCCACAGUCUAGAGGCUAGCACCGCCACUUUGCAGGCCACCCUGGUCACCUGCCAGACACAUGCCCGGCAGCUGGAAGAGGCCCUGAGGACACGAGAAGAGGAGAUCCAGGACCAGGGUCUCCGACACCAAGAGCACGUGCAGCAGCUGCAGCAGGCACUUACCCAAAGGGACAAAGAACUGAGACAGCAGAAGGAACAGGGCCAGCUGCUGGAGAAGUUUCUGGCCAAGAGGGACCAAGACAAGCGGAAUUCGGGGCAGGAAGGUGAAGAGCUGGCGGGUCUUCAUGAGAACCUAAGGGAGUUACGGUUGGCUCUGGCCCAGAAGGAAGAAGAACUCCUGGAGCUGAGGGAGGCCCAGCAAAGGAAGGAUCUAGAGGAUCUGCACCGCAACCACAAAGCUUCCUCCACGGAGGAGCUGUCUCCGAGAACGGAUUUGUCAAGUGCCAAGCUGCAGCGCGACCUGGAGCGACUGCAGGUGGCCUUGAGGCAGACUGAGGCCAGGGAGAUCGAGUGGAGGGAGAAAGCCCAGGACUUGGCACUGUCCCUCGCCCAGAGCAAGGCCAGUGUCAGCAGUUUGCAAGAGGUGGCCCUGUUCCUACAGGCCUCAGUCUUGGAGCGGGAAUCAGAGCAGCAGACAUUACUGGAGGAACUGGAACUUACCAGACAGGCCCUGGAGAAGGAGCGGCAGCCCAGCCCAGGCUUGACCAUCACAGCAGAGCGGGGUCCCAGGGGAGAGCAGGGCGGACAGCCUGGAGAGCCGGAGCUGGAGCACAGCCCUGGAGGGGAGGAGAAGGAACGGUGGAGAGAAAGGCUUGAACACCUACAGCAGGCCGUGGCUCGGCUGGAGAUUGACCGGGGCAGGCUGCAGCGCCACAACCUGCAGCUGCGCAGCACCCUGGAGCAGGUGGAGCGUGAGCGGAGGAAGCUGAAGAGGGAUUCCAUGCGCCUGUCCCGGGCAGGGGCCCAGGAGACCAGUGAAAGCGCCAUUUCAUCACCCACACAGCAGGAUGGAAAAGGAGAACAGAAGGGUUCCUCCCAGGCCAAGCAACUGAUGGAACUACAGAAAGAGGUGGCCCUGUUGCGAGCCCAGCUGACCUUGGAGCGCAAGCAGAGGCAGGACUACAUUGCGCGCUCUGUGCAGACCAGCCGUGAACUUGCAGACCUGCACCACAGCCUCUCCCACUCACUCCUUGCAGUGGCCCAAGCCCCCGAGGCCACUGUCCUAGAAGCUGAGACUCGCAAGUUGGACCAAUCCCUAACUCAAAGUCUGAUGUCCCCAGGGCCAGUCCUACUCCACCACAACUCCAGCCCCAUGACCCCUGAAUGCACCCCCAGGUAGCAGCUGCAGCCAGGAUGGGAUGUAGGCCAGCGCAGGAACUCACGGACAAGACAGACAACUGCAGGGGAGUUCUGGUCCCUCUGCCUGGCUACAGAUCUAUCCGUCUCUGUUUACCCACCUGGAUGCCCCAGAUCAGCUGCCCCAGGAGGAGGAAACCUGCAAGAGUGGGCAGUGCCCAGGCCACAGAGCCCCCCAGAGGGCCUGGCCCUGUAUAGGGGCAUCCGCUGCCUCUCAGCUAGGUUGUAUUUCCCAGCACUUCGCCUCCCCUCGCCUUCCUUGUCCACAAUAAACCUGGUAUUUUUGUAUUA